CGCGCCUGCGCAGUGCGGCGCCUAGAGGGAAAGCGAGAGGGAGACGGACGUUGAGAGAACGAGAAGGAAGGAGAGAAAAUGGCGUCCACGGAUUACAGUACCUACAGCCAAGCUGCAGCCCAGCAGGGCUACAGUGCUUACACCGCCCAGCCCACUCAAGGAUAUGCACAGACCACCCAGGCAUAUGGGCAGCAAAGUUAUGGAACCUAUGGACAGCCCACUGAUGUCAGCUAUACCCAGGCUCAGACCACUGCGACCUAUGGGCAGACUGCCUAUGCAACUUCUUAUGGACAGCCUCCUGCUGGUUAUACUACUCCAACUGCCCCCCAGGCGUACAGCCAGCCUGUCCAGGGGUACGGCUCUGGUGCUUAUGAUACCACCACUGCUACGGUCACUACCACCCAGGCCUCCUAUGCAGCCCAGUCUGCAUAUGGCACUCAGCCUGCUUACCCAGCCUAUGGGCAGCAGCCGGCAGCCACCGCACCUGCAAGACCGCAGGAUGGUAACAAACCCGCUGAGACUAGUCAACCUCAAUCUAGCACAGGGGGUUACAACCAGCCAAGCCUAGGAUAUGGACAGAGUAACUACAGUUAUCCCCAGGUACCUGGGAGCUACCCCAUGCAGCCAGUCACGGCACCACCAUCUUAUCCUCCUACCAGCUAUUCCUCUACACAGCCGACUAGUUAUGAUCAGAGCAGUUACUCUCAGCAGAACACCUAUGGGCAGCCGAGCAGCUAUGGACAGCAGAGUAGCUAUGGUCAACAAAGCAGCUAUGGGCAGCAGCCGCCCACUAGUUAUCCCCCCCAAACUGGAUCCUACAGCCAGGCUCCAAGUCAAUAUAGCCAACAGAGCAGCAGCUACGGGCAGCAGAGUUCAUUCCGACAGGACCACCCCAGUAGCAUGGGUGUUUAUGGGCAGGAGUCUGGAGGAUUUUCCGGACCAGGAGAGAACCGGAGCAUGAGUGGCCCUGAUAACCGGGGCAGGGGAAGAGGGGGAUUUGAUCGUGGAGGCAUGAGCAGAGGUGGGCGGGGAGGAGGACGCGGUGGAAUGGGGUUACAAAGUGAGAGCCUUGUAUACACUUCAAUACUUAAAAAGUACCCGUACUCAGUACUCAGCCGGCAGCAUAAUGAAAAGUGGGACUAGACACGGUGUCCAUAUGGAGAGGAAAAAUAUACAUAGAAUAUUUUUAACAAAAUGUAUUCAUUGUAUAAAUGGAAUCCUUCUGUAACUUUGGUAACUGCAUACUUGUUAUUUGGUAAUGAACCAGAGGAGGUAUAAUACUCUAGAAUUGUGUAACAUUAAAGUGUAAACUUUUGUGUUUAAAGAGAGAGAACAUUUUAUGGUGUGUACUUUUAAAAAGGAAAGAAAGCUGCAUGCAACAGCUUGAAAUUGUAUAUUCAGGUAUUAAAGGUGCAAUACUGGUUAGGAAAAGCUCAAGGCCUCCCACUGGGGAGCUGCCUUUAUUUAAUUUUAAAGAAAAACAAAAGGCCCAGCAUAUUCCCUCCCCCUGUUUACAGUAUGUGAGGCAGUAAUAUUAUACUGCUGUCAUCUCUGUUCUCAACUGAUAUGUCUAUAAAGUUGCACCCCCAGUCUGUUGAGCCUUGGUAUUUGUUGUAAAUUCUCCUUUCACAGCAAUUGUUAAACCCAUUAGUGCCCUGAAAUGUAUGGCUUUAUGCUGAAGAUUGGCUGGAUGCGUCCUCUGAUGUGUGUUGUAGGCGUUUAAUGUGGUUGUCUCCUGCUUGAUUAUACUGUGACUUGUUAGGAAGCCUCCCUGGGCUCUCCCCUAGGAGAGGUUGAGGGUGCACCUUUAUGAACAUGGAAAGCAGUUGCCCCAGCUUUGCUGCUCUACUCUCCGACCAAGCUCUCCCUGUUUUUCAGCCGAUGGGGUGGGUGUUGGGAUCUGUUUUCUUCCCCUAAUUUGCCAAGUAUUGCACUAUUAAUACCAGCCCCCGAAAUGAAAGGAACCAACCACACUGGUGUGUACAAUCAGACAAGCAAGGUUGUAUAUAAAGAAAAUUUGAGCAAGCUGCCCUGAAGAAAGGCAUAGUGACGAGAUGAGAGAGAUGCAUUGUUUGGAGAUGUGUUUAGCCAGUGCCCUUCUUCCCCACGAGCCCCCCCAAGGCUCAGAGCGGUACUGGCUUUUAAAGGGAAAGGCCUUCAUUUCUUCGUUUAUCCCCCCAGCAGCGCUGGAGAGCGAGGUGGCUUCAAUAAGCCUGGUGGUAAGUUUUUGAGUAUUACCAUGGAUAGUGUUUAAAAAAAAAAAUACAGUCAGUUUUUAGAAAACUAUAAUUUUUUAUUAGUUUCAUAAGCGGUUUAAAAAUGAUCUAUACAAAGAGACUAAUGGGUACUGCCGGCAUUGUCUUAGGGGUAAUAAGGUUAACCUAUGGUUACAAAACAAAGGGUAACUUGAAGUAUUGAGCAACUGCUUCUGUAAUAUGGGGGAGAAUCCAUUUUUUAAAUUUGGUUUGUUUGGAGGAAAAUUUUUGACUUAAAUUUAACACUAAUUUGGCACAUAAGCAUUGAGAGUGUAUUUGGUUAAUGGUUUAAAAGCAAACCAGCAAAGAAAAAGCAAAACCCUAGCAAAUCUUUCACAAAUGUUUAAAGGGGCACUGCUCCAUUUUAGCAGUGCGGGUCUUUUUGAAUUUAAUGAAGCCCCAUCAAAUGGUGGUAUAGUAGAUAGCUAUGUGUGUUUGUAAGGUUUGUAGCUUGCAAGACGUGCACUAAUAGUAUCUUAUGUGAUCUUUCCUGGUUGGCAGGACCCAU